AUGUUACAACAAAAAGCUAUGCUAUUAACUUUUGAUUUAAUCGCAACACUUGGCGUCACACUUUUCAUACCAAAGUCAUAUUGUUUCCUCAACUUGACUUGGAAGAUGAAAAAUUGUUUACAAAUUGAACAGAUGAAGUCAUCAAUUGAAAAAAUGGUGAAAGAUUUAAGGAAGUUGAAAGCAGCAUGGAAAAGUGGAGGUUUCAACAGCAUUCAAGAAACAUUUCUAGGUAAAUGGGAAUUCUUGAUGUUUUUUAUAAAGUUAAAAACUGUGAAAAAUUUUGUACGAGUUACUAAGCGACGCUCUUCACCUCAACCAUGUGAAAGAUGUUGA